UUCAUCACCCUUCUCCAGAGCUGAUGGGGGGACUCCUCAUGCCUUAGGAAUGCGCCGAGGAAUGCGCCACUUUCCAGAAGGAAAGAGAGAGAGAGAGAGAUUCCCCUUUCGCUGGAGGCGCGCGUGGGCCAUCCUCCUCCUCCUCCUCCUCGGUGGCAGGCGUCCACCUUUCCUUCCCUCCGCCGCCGUUUCGUAACCAGUCGGGAGCAGCCCUCUCUCCCCGUCUCUCUUAAGGAGCGCGGUUGGCCAGAGGCGCUUCCCACUCCGAGAAGGCGAGGCUGCCCCGACGGAGGGAAGGAAGGCACGCACCUCCCCGAGUCUCCGUCUCACCCUAAGCAGGAGGGAGAAAAGGAGGGAGAGAGAGGCUCUUCUUCUGCCCUCCAGGACUGGCCUCCGUCUCCAUCCCCUGAAAGUAUCCUUCAUGUGGUUGUGAUUCAAAACAGCAGCAAUGAAGAUAAGGCUCUCUGCCACAGCAGUUGCUGCCCUGUGUGCAGCUCUUCUACUCUGCUCGAUAGAGGCUGAAGUUAAUCCACCAUCAGACUUGAAAUUUAAAAUUAUAGAUGAGCGUACUGUUCAGAUGAUAUGGACGAGGCCAUCUGAUGCAAUAGAAGGUUACAGGAUAACAGUGACCCCUACAACUGAUGGACCUUCUAGAGAAUUUACUCUAGCACCCAGUGCUACUGAAACAUUAUUAAGAGACCUCACAGCUGAUGUAGAAUAUCUUGUAACUAUAAGUUCAUAUGAUAACAUAGAAGAGAGUAUAUCUGUCUCUGGACAACUUACAAUCCAAACAGGUGGUUUAAUAACAACAGGAGAAAAGAAGAUUGAAGAAGUUCAGUUGCAAAGAUGUUCCCUUAGUGCUGUUACAGAUCUCGUUUUUCUUGUGGAUGGGUCUUGGAGUGUGGGCAGAAACAACUUCAAAUACAUAUUGGAUUUCAUUGUUGCACUGGUAUCAGCUUUUGAUAUUGGAGAAGAUAAGACAAGAGUUGGAAUCGUACAGUACAGCUCUGAUACAAGGACUGAGUUCAACUUGAAUCAGUAUUACAGACAGAGGGACCUCAUUGAAGCAAUAAAAAACAUACCCUACAAAGGAGGCAAUACAAUGACAGGAGAAGCAAUUGAAUAUUUGAUGAGGAAUACAUUUGUGGAAUCUGCUGGGUCAAGAAAAGGCUUUCCCAAAGUGGCAAUUAUAAUUACGGAUGGAAAGUCGCAAGAUGAAGUAGAAAUUCCUGCAAGAGAACUUCGUGCUGCAGGAGUUGAAGUAUUUUCCUUGGGGAUCAAGGCUGCAGACGCCAAAGAACUGAAAUUAAUUGCAUCUCAGCCCUCACUGACGCAUGUAUUCAAUGUGGCCAAUUUCGAUGGCAUUGUGGAUAUACAGAAUGAAAUAGUCUCACAAGUGUGUUCAGGUGUAGAUGAACAGUUGGGUGAACUUGUUAGUGGAGAAGAAGCUAUUGAACCUCCUGCAAACCUUGUGGCUACACAAAUCUCGUCGAGAUCAAUUAGAAUCACUUGGUCCCCAUCUCCCAGUGAAAUAACUGGCUACAAAAUAGACAUGAUUCCCAUGUUAGCUGGUGUCAAACAACAUUCACUGAGUGUGGGACCUCAAACCACUGCUUUUAAUGUCAAAGACCUUUCUGCGGACACAGAAUACCAAAUUAAUGUGUAUGCAAUGAAAGGACUAACUCCCAGUGAGCCAGUAACUAUAAUGGAAAAAACACAGCCUGUAAAAGUCCAAGUGGAAUGUUCAAAAGGAGUGGACGUCAAAGCUGACAUUGUGCUGCUGGUUGAUGGCUCCUACAGUAUUGGCAUUGCUAAUUUUGUUAAAGUAAGAGCAUUUUUGGAAGUGUUAGUUAAAAGCUUUGAAAUCUCGCCUGAGAAAGUCCAAAUAAGUCUUGUCCAGUACAGCAGAGAUCCUCAUACGGAGUUUACUUUGAACAGAUACAACAGAAUUGACGAUAUAAUUCAGGCUAUUAACACCUUCCCUUACAGAGGUGGAUCUACAAACACAGGCAAAGCAAUGACUUACGUAAGGGAAAAAAUCUUUGUUACCAGCAGAGGCGCAAGACCAAAUGUGCCCAGGGUCAUGAUUUUAAUUACUGAUGGGAAAUCAUCAGAUGCUUUUAAAGAUCCUGCCAUAAAACUCAGGAACUCUGAUGUAGAAAUAUUUGCAGUUGGUGUUAAGGAUGCCGUACGAACAGAACUGGAAGCGAUUGCUACACCACCUGCAGAAACCCACGUGUAUACAGUGGAAGACUUUGAUGCUUUCCAAAGAAUAUCAUUUGAGCUCACACAGUCUGUCUGCCUACGAAUUGAACAGGAACUUCGAGAGAUUAAGAAGAAAUCUUACUUACCUGCAAGAAAUCUACAAUUUUCUGAAGUGGGUUCUUACAGCUUCAGAGCUACUUGGUCUCCAGCAGGACCUGACGUUUUGUCUUACCUUGUCAAGUAUAAAGAGGCUGUUGAUGGAGAAGAAUUCAUGGUUUCUGUACCAGCACCAGUUACUGACACAAUUCUUACUAAUUUACUACCUAAAACCACAUAUGCUGUCAGUGUAAUUGCGGAAUACGAAGAUGGUGAUGGCCCUUCUUUGGAUGGGGAAGAAACAACUUUAGAAGUCAGGGGAUCGCCACGAAAUUUAAGAAUAACAGAUGAAACAACAGAUAGCUUUAAAGUUGGAUGGUCACCAGCUCCAGGGAAUGUUCUGAGAUACAGGCUUGUAUAUAGACCAGUUGCUGGUGGGGAGAGAAGACAAGUAACAGUUUCAGCAAAUGAAAGAGCAACAACUCUACAGAAUCUGAAGCCAGAUACAAGAUAUGAAGUCUCUGUUACUGCCGAGUACCAGUCUGGAGCAGGAAAUCCAUUGACUGGUCAUGGAAAAACCGAAGAAGUUCUGGGAAGACCAAGAGACUUGAAAGUUUCUGAUCCUACAACAUCCUCAUUGAAGCUAUCUUGGAAUUCAGCACCUGGCAAAGUACAACAGUACCUUGUAACAUAUACUCCAGCAACAGGAGGAGAAACUAAAGAAGUGACCUUAAGAGGAGAUACUACCACUACUGUUCUCAGAGACUUGGAGCCAGGAACAAGAUAUGAUUUAGCUGUGACUGCCCUUUAUGCAUCAGGAGCAGGGGAUGCUAUUUCUGGACAAGGAGACACACUUGAAGAUCGUGGUUCUCCUCGUGACUUGGUUACUAGAGAUAUAACUGAUACCACAAUUGGUGUGUCAUGGACAGCAGCUCCAGGAUCAGUUAAUCGUUACAGAAUUGUAUGGAAGUCACUUUAUGGUGAUGACUCUGGAGAGACCACAGUUCCUGGAAAUGUAAUAAAUACUGUACUGGAAAACCUUCAGCCUGAGACAAAGUAUAAGAUUUCAGUCUUGGCUGCUUACAGAAGUGGAGAAGGAGCUCCUUUGGAGGGAGAAGCGACAACAGAAGUCUCACCAAAUGCGAGGACUGUGAGAGUGGAUGAUGAAAAAGAGACCUCAAUGAGAGUUUCUUGGCAAGCUGCUCCUGGAAGAGUUAUCAGCUAUCGUGUAGUUUAUCGACCUCGCAGAGGAGGAAGGCAAAUGGUCACAAAAGUGCCACCUUCAUCUACCACAACAGUAUUGAAGCGCCUCCAGCCUCUGACUACAUAUGACAUCUCCGUCAUCCCAAUGUACAAGACUGGGGAAGGAAAACAGAGACAAGGCGAAGGAACAACAGCUUCCCCAUUUAAACCACCUAGAAAUUUGAAGACAUCUGAUUCUACAAUGUCAAGCUUCCGUGUCACCUGGGAACCAGCCCCAGGGGAAGUCAAAGGCUACAAAGUAACUUUUCAUCCAAUGGGAGAGGACAGACGCCUUGGAGAACUGGUUGUUGGUCCAUAUGACAAUACAGUUGUACUUGAGGAGCUCAGGGCAGGUACUUCCUACAAAGUGAAUGUUUUUGGAGUGUUUGAAGGAGGUGAAAGUAUGCCAUUGAUAGGAGAAGAAAUGACCACACUUUCUGAUGCCACUGUGGUGCCAAUUUUAUCUACAGGCUUGGAAUGUAAGACUAGAGCUGAAGCAGAUAUUGUCUUGCUUGUGGAUGGCUCAUGGAGUAUUGGUCGUCCAAAUUUUAAAACAGUCCGCAGCUUCAUUGCUCGCAUUGUUGAAGUGUUUGACAUUGGUCCUGACAAAGUACAGAUUGGACUUGCACAGUAUAGUGGAGACCCUAGAACAGAAUGGCAGCUCAAUUCACAUAAAACCAAGCAAAGUUUAAUGGAUGCUGUGGCCAACUUGCCAUACAAAGGAGGCAACACUUUAACAGGAAUGGCUUUGAAUUUCAUCUUAAGAAACAACUUCAAACCAGAAGCUGGUAUGAGGCCUGGAGCUCGUAAAAUUGGAGUCCUGAUUACUGAUGGCAAAUCACAAGAUGACAUUGUUGCUCCAUCACAAAGACUGAAGGAUCUGGGAGUUGAGCUUUAUGCUGUUGGUAUCAAGAAUGCAGAUGAAAAUGAGUUAAAACAGAUUGCAUCAGAUCCAGAUGAAACCCACGCAUACAAUGUUGGAGAUUUCACUCUCCUUGUUAAUAUUGUUGAUGACCUCACUGUUAAUUUGUGCAAUAGUGUCAAAGGCCCAGGUGAUUUGGCCCUACCACCCACUAAUCUAGUGACUUCAGAGGUGACCCCUCGUUCCUUCAGAGUCUCUUGGACUGCACCGGCUGAGAGUGUUGAUAGGUACAGGGUUGAGUAUUAUCCUGCUGCUGGAGGGACACCACAAGAGGUCUUUGUCAGUCGAUCAGAGACUACUACUGUUCUAACUGGCCUCAAGCCUGAAACGGAGUAUGUUGUGAAUGUAUUUUCUGUUGUCGAAGGAACCAACAGUGAACCUCUAAAGGGCACCGAAACAACUUUGGCAAUCCCUACAGUUAGAAACCUGAAUGCUUAUGACAUUACCUCAACCACAAUGCGAGUGCGAUGGGAACCUGUCGGUGGAGCUACUGGCUAUGUGUUGUUGUAUGAACCUGUCAAUGCCACAGUGCCAGCCACAGAAAAAGAGAUGCGUCUAGGAGCAUCAGUAAAUGACAUCCAGCUGGUUGAUUUGAUUCCCAACACUGAAUACACUCUAACAGUUCAUGCAAGUUUUGGAGACCUCAUUGGUGAUCCACUCACUACACAAGAAGUCACAUUGCCUCUGAGUGGAGCAAAAAGCUUAAAUAUCAGAGAUAUUACUCACAGCAGCAUGAGAGUGAAUUGGGAACGGGCUCCAGGGAAAGUGCGUAAAUACAAACUGAGAUACAAAGCAGCUGAAGAAGAUGAACUAAAAGAGCUGGAAGUGGAUCCAUCUCGGACCAGCACAGUUCUUCCUGAUUUGUUUUCAAAAACGCUGUACAAUAUUGAACUUGUUGCUGUGUAUGAUGAAGGAGACUCUGUGCCAGUAGCUGCACGAGCCACCACUUUACCUGUACCAGCACCACAAAAUCUGAGAACUGAUCAAGUCACCAAGACCUCUUUCCGGGGUACUUGGGACCAUGGAGCGUCUGAUGUAGCUCUCUAUAGAGUAAUGUGGGGGCCAUAUGGUGGGACUGAAAAACAGGAGACUAUUCUAAAUGGUGAUGAAAAUACACUCGUUUUUGAAAAUCUGACACCAGACACAUUGUAUGACAUCUCAGUUACUGCAAUUUAUCCUGAUGAAUCAGAGAGUGAUGAACUGAUUGGCAGUGAGCGCACAUUGCCUAUUAUACCAAUAACAACGCCAGUGCCAAAGAGUGGCCCGCGAAACCUUCAGGUAUACAAUGCAACAUCCAAUAGCUUGACUGUGAAAUGGGAUCCUGCCAUUGGGCGAGUGCAGCGAUAUAGGAUCACUUAUCGACCUACAAGCAGUGAUGGUCCCGAACAAUCGACCACAGUAGGAGGGAGGCAAAACAGUGUUGUACUCCAGAAGCUGCAGCCUGAUACACCUUAUAGUGUUACCGUUUCAUCUAUAUAUGCAGACGGUGAAGGAGGACAGAUGACAGGCAGAGGCAAAACUAAGCCUCUCAACACUGUGAGGAACCUCAGAGUUUAUGAUCCAACCACCAGCACAUUGAAUGUACGAUGGGAUCAUGCUGAAGGGAAUCCACGUCAGUACAAGGUGUUUUAUGCACCAGUGUCAGGAGGCGCAGAUGAACUGGCAACUGUCCCAGGGAACACAAAUUAUGCUGUUCUAAGGAAUCUACAGCCAGACACACAAUACAAAGUAACAGUGGUUCCUUCUUACCCAGAAGGGGACGGAGGCCGUGUGUCUGAUAAUGGGAGGACAUUGGUAAGAGGAACUCCAAGAAGCAUCCAAGUAUAUAACCCAACUACAAAUAGCCUCAAUGUCCAAUGGGAACCUGCACCAGGGCCAGUACAGCAGUACAGAGUUGUCUAUGCUCCAUUGGUUGGCUCAAGGCCAUCAGAAUCUGUUGUGGUACCAGCCAACACGCGUAAUGUUUUACUUGAGCGCCUAGUGCCUGAUACUCCCUAUUCAGUUAACGUUGUUGCAUUAUAUGCUGAUGGAGAAGGAGAUCCAAGUCCUGGACAGGGAAAGACAUUGCCUCGCAGUGGACCCAGGAACAUACGAGUUUUUGAUCCUACUACAAAUAGUCUUUCUGUUCAGUGGGACCAUGCUGAUGGACCAGUGCAGCAAUACAGAAUCAUAUAUUCCCCCACUGUUGGCGACCCUAUAGAUGAAUAUACAACAGUACCUGGCAGAAGAAACAAUGUACUGCUACAGCCUUUGCAGUCAGACACACCCUAUAAAAUUACAGUUGUGGCAGUGUAUGAAGAUGGUGAUGGUGGACAAAUUGUUGGAAAUGGAAAAACAGUUGGGCUGCUUGCUCCUCGGAAUAUACACAUUUCAGAUGAAUGGUAUACCAGAUUCAGAGUUUCCUGGGAUCCUGCACCAUCUCCUGUUCUUGGGUACAAAAUUGUGUAUAAACCAAUAGGUUCCGAUGAGCCCAUGGAGGUAUUUGUUGGAGAAGUGACUGCUUAUACAUUGCACAACCUAUCUCCCAGUACUUCCUAUGAUGUAAACGUUUAUGCUCAAUAUGAUGCUGGACUCAGUGCACCCCUGGUUGACCGAGGCACUACAUUGUACUUGAAUGUCACUGAUUUGACCAGUUACAAUGUGGGCUGGGACACGUUUUGUGUCAGAUGGGCAGCUCAUCGGUCAGCCUCUUCUUACAGACUGAAGCUAAAUCCUGCUGAUGGAUCUAGAGGACAAGAAAUUACAGUGCGUGGAACAGAAACCAGCCAUUGUUUCACCGGCCUUUCCCCAGACACUGAAUAUGAUGCUACCAUCUUUGUUCAGACUCCAAAUCUUGAGGGUCCCCCAGUGUCUACAAGAGAGCGGACAUUAAUCAAACCAACAGAACCACCGACAGAAGCACCAACCCCUCCUCCACCUCCUACAAUCCCACCUGCUCGAGAUGUGUGUAAAGGUGCCAAAGCAGAUAUAGUCUUCUUGACUGAUGCUUCCUGGAGUAUUGGAGAUGACAAUUUCAACAAAGUAGUGAAAUUUAUUUUCAACACCGUUGGAGGCUUCGACUUAAUCAACCCUGCUGGGAUUCAGGUUUCCUUUGUGCAAUACAGUGAUGAUCCAAAACCUGAAUUUAAUUUGAAUAGAUAUGAUGAUAAAGCAUUAGCACUGGGAGCACUUCAGAAUAUUCGAUACAAAGGAGGAAACACAAAAACUGGCAAAGCCCUUACUUUUAUCAAAAACAAAGUAUUGACAUGGGAAAGUGGCAUGAGGAAAGGUGUUCCCAAGGUACUUGUUGUUGUAACAGAUGGUAGAUCACAGGAUGAAGUGAUGAAAGCUGCAUCUGUAAUACAACACUCUGGUUUCAGUGUCUUUGUUGUUGGUGUGGCAGAUGUUGAUUACCAUGAACUGGCCAAAAUUGCUAGCAAACCCAGCGAACGUCAUGUUUUUAUAGUUGAUGACUUUGAUGCUUUUGAAAAGAUUGAAGACAACCUCAUCACUUUUGUUUGUGAGACAGCUACCUCAACUUGCCCUCUCAUGUACUUGGAUGGAUAUACCUCUCCCGGGUUCAGGAUGCUGGAAGCUUACAACUUAACAGAGAAGUAUUUUGCUUCUGUACCAGGAGUUUCCUUGCAGUCAGGAUCCUUCCCCAGCUACAUGGCAUAUAGGCUUCAGAAAAAUGCCUUUGUCAGCCAGCCCACAAGAGAGAUUCAUCCAGAUGGAUUACCAAAGGCUUACACUAUCAUAUUUUUAUUCCGUCUUCUACCGGAAACCCCCACUGAACCAUUUGCAAUUUGGCAGAUAACAGACAGAGAUUACAAACCACAAGUUGGCGUUGUUCUUGACCCAUCCAACAAAGUAUUAUCGUUCUUUAAUAAGGACACAAGGGGAGAGAUUCAGACAGUUACAUUUGAAGGUGAUGAAGUUAAGAAACUCUUUUAUGGAAGUUUCCACAAGGUUCAUAUUGUUGUAACACCCACAAGUGCUAAGAUCUACAUUGACUGUGUUGAAAUCCUGGAAAAACCAAUAAAUGAGGGUGGGAAUAUUACAAGUGAUGGUUAUGAGAUACUUGGCAAACUGCAGAAAGGUGAUAGGAAAACAGCUGCACUUGAGAUCCAGAACUUUGACAUCGUAUGCAAUGCAGUUUGGACCAGCAGAGAUAGAUGCUGUGACAUUCCUUCUAGGAGGGAUGAAGCUAAAUGCCCAUCGUUGCCAAAUGCCUGCACAUGUUCACAGGACAGCGUGGGACCCCCAGGACCUCCAGGACCAGCUGGUGGCCCAGGUUCUAAAGGCCCAAGAGGAGAAAGAGGUUUAACUGGACCUCCUGGGGAUCUUGGUCCUCGUGGAGAUGUAGGACCACCAGGCCCUCAAGGCCCACCGGGACCACAAGGGCCAAAUGGACUUUCUAUUACAGGAGAGCCAGGCCGCCAGGGGUUGAAAGGUGAUGCUGGAGAGCCCGGGCUACCAGGUCGAUCGGGAUCUCCAGGCUUAACUGGCCCUCCUGGUCCAAUGGGACCUCCAGGUGAUAGGGGCUUCACUGGAAAAGAUGGCCCAGCUGGACCAAGAGGCCCUCCAGGACCAAUGGGUGCUCCUGGAGUGCCUGGAGUGGCUGGCCCAACUGGAAAGUCAGGGAAACCGGGUGAUCGUGGGUCACCGGGCCCAGUUGGAUUGAAAGGUGAAAAAGGAGACCGUGGAGAUAUUGCAUCCCAGAAUAUGAUGCGAGCUGUUGCAAGACAAGUCUGUGAACAAAUGAUAAAUGGUCAAAUGACUCGAUUCAACCAGAUGCUGAAUCAGAUUCCAAAUGAUUACAGUUCAAAUCGCUAUCAGCCUGGGCCAGCAGGACCCCCUGGUCCGCCGGGACCUCCUGGGGCAAGAGGAGAACCAGGGGCUGGAGGCAGACCAGGAUUCCCAGGAUCACCUGGCAUGCAGGGACCACCUGGAGAAAGAGGUUUAGCUGGAGAGAAAGGUGAAAGAGGAAUUGGAACACAAGGACCACGAGGGUCGCCUGGGUCACCAGGUCCACAAGGGGAAUCCAGAAUGGGCCCACCAGGAUCCACAGGCUCACGAGGACCACCUGGUCCACCUGGGCGUCCUGGUAAUUCAGGUAUCAGAGGGCCUCCUGGGCCUCCUGGAUACUGUGAUUCAUCCCAGUGUGCUAGCAUUGCUUACAACGGCCAAGGAUAUCCAGGUUGACCACUCAUCUAAAGUAAAUAAAAAAAAGAACAUAGUUGUUUGCAAUUUCUCUAUGUGUCCUUCUGGUUAAUGUUGGGAUUAUCUAUACAAAACUAGUACCUGAAAUCUAAUUUUCUAAGACCAAAUGUCAUUCUGUGAUACAGUGCAGACAAUCCGGAGUAGAGUGGGGUGAGAACAUAACCACCUCUCGAUUUGUGCUGAGUUCUAGUCCAAAUUUAUUUUAAGAACAAACAAUUCCAUACAAUGAAUUGCCAAAAAACAACAAUGCUGGGCAUGACGUUCAAAAACCAUGUGCAAUAAACUUAGUGCCUCAAAAUAAAUAAAUUUAAAAAAAGAGUCCAGACCCACACUAUUAGGAAUUUGUUUGUGUGCACUGUACCACCUUAUACUCCAUGAACAUGAUAUUGCUGUUGGUUAUGUUGUUUGCCACUAUCAUAAUGUGCAUGUAUGUGAGAAUAUAUAUAUAUAUGUGUACACACAAAUUGACAGACUUAAAGUUAAUGGAUAAAAAUGUAAUAACAAAUUUAUUAUGCAGAACUUGCACAAAACCAAUAAUUAAUCUGAAUUUUUAAAAUAAAUGGAAAAUAUUAUUGCAGUGCUACCUUUGUGGGGAGCAGCCUGGUAUACAUAUAUAGAUAUAUACAUAUAAUUUAACCCUUGUAGAUGGAUUUAGAUGGAUGGAAAAAUAUUUUUGCACAGCUGUUCAAUCUUGAAAACUAACAUCAUCUUUGACCUGUUUCAGGUUCCGGCUAACACCUUUUCUAAGUCACCAGUGCUGUUUACAGUCUGAAUACAAUGAAAAUCCUGUUUCUGGGAUAUUUGCGCACGUGCUUAUUAGGAAGUAAAUCAGUAUGGAUAACCAUAGAUAAUGGUUAAAUGAGCAAUGUUGACCACAUAAAAUGGACAGAUUAUUUUUAUAUGCUUACUAACAAAAAUGCAAUAAAGAACAAAUACUUUUUUCAUUUGCUAAAGUAAGGUGAGAUAAACCCAGCCUCCAUAUUCAUAUUCUUCUCUCCAGCCCAGUAACAGAGUCCCAAUGGCAAGGGAGACUUAUAGAACUAGUAGCUAAUGGAUGUAACACCACCAUAGAUUUACCUUGAUGAAACAGACUGACUUUAUGUAAAUAGUAAACUAAUUGUGGCUUGUAAAUGGUUUGUAUGGGAUCAUGUCAACUAACAAAACUUAACAACAUUACAUUGCGCUUUUGCACUGAAGACUACCACUGCUGUGCUGCUGUCUUUUUCCCAUGUGCUAUCCUAAUCUCUUUGAAACUGCUAGAAAACUUUCUCUUUGUCGCUAAUCAUCAACACCUUAUCUCAUUUAGGACUGGGGCUCUUUUGUAUAUGUAAUCUUAUUCCAAAUGCACAACAAGAAUAAUUGAUUUUGCUUCUGGUCUUCUUCCAGUGUUUGGUGUUCCUCUAGUACCAACUCAAUCUAAUAUAAGGAACGCUGCCAAAAAAUCAAUAUUUACUCAGUGUUGCCACUGGUGAACACUUUGUGUAGAUGUCAGCUGUACCUUUUGAAAAUAUCUUUAAAAAACAAGCCACAUGCUUGAGGUUUUCGAUUUUGACAAAACAUACUGCAUUAAUUAUCUUAAAAGUAAAUCUUUCUGCUAAGAAACCUAUCAUUAGUUAAAAUCCCACUGAAUGGAUGGAACAAAGAUAGUGAUGACUAACUGAAUUCUGAUUGCUUUUGGUGGAAUUCAGUCAAAAAUAAUUUGCUGAGCUUGAUAACGAUUUCUAUUUUUGGCACAAUGUAUGUCACACUUAGAUUGCAGUUUCCGUCCAUAUGCUUUCCUCUCAUUUUUAAAUAUGAUUUUAUUCCUUCCUCCAAAUUGGCAAUUGUGUUUUAAUUAUUAUGAUUCUAUGUACAUCUUGCAAAACUAAUCUACAGUCUUGUGUUUGUUUGCUUAGGAAUUCACUCCCUUUGAACACUGGGUGAUGACGUAUUCCUGAGUAAAUAAUAUAUACAUAGAAUUUAAGUUUUAAUAUUUUAAUGUUAUUAAAUUGUUUUUGUUUAUGCUUUGUUUAAUGUGAGCUGCUUUGAAGAAACUUUUUGUUGCUUUGUUUCAAAAAGCAGCACAAAAGUUUCUCAAAGUAAGCAAAUAGUGCAUUGAUCCCAAUCAGUAGCCCAUGCAUCCUCUGGUAUGCAUUUGGAGCAGACCUCUUUCCUCAAUUGAGACUCAAGGAUAGUUUCACACUGUUCCCAUUGUUGGAGAGUGGGAUCUUUAUACCUAAUGCAAUACCUGCAUGAAUCAUUGGCUCAACGUCAUUUACUGGGAAGUUACUAGCCUUUUUGUUUCAUUUUGGAUGGAACUCGCUUCCAGAUAAAUGGCCUGAGGAACAAAGCCAUAAAUAAAUGUGUAUUACUAAAACAAUAGCAUUUAUGAAAAAAUGCUGUGGAUUCAAAGAUAUAUCAUAACUAUAAUGUUCAAUCGGACGACUAUUUUCAACCAGAGCCAUACGCACCUGAAAGCGGACCCUAUCAGCCCGAAAGUGAACCCUACAUAGUACCAGUGGAAUCUGAAAGAAGAGAGGAUGAAUAUGAGGACUAUGGAGCUGAUAUGCAUUCACCCGGAUAUCCUGAUCAUAUGCGCUGGAAAAGAUCAUUAUCAUGAAAAGCAAAAA